AUGGCAACCCAAGAACGUGACCAGCGCCAGUACACCACUGACCUGCUGUCAGGCGAUCUGUCUCCUGCCACGAUGAUGUCAGUAGACGUGACCAAUCACAACGGCCCUGCCGCCACGCCCCCCACCUCCCUCAGCCUCCGCUCCUCCCACAACCAGCUGCUCAGCGGCGAUGUCGUCAACAAAGAGGGCGCCGACACGCCUCCCAAGUGUCGCAAGAAGUACGCGCUCACCAGCAUCCAGGCCGCCAUGGGCCUCGGGGACGCGGCGCCCGCUUCCUCGUCCCCUUCCUCGUCGUCGUCCCCGUGCUCGACCCCCAACAACCCCAAACUCGCCAAGAACGGGGCCAACCAGCUUCGCAAAGCCGGUCACGACCACAACAAGAACACGACCGGCCCCGAGCCCGCCGACCCGGAGUGCAAUCUAGAAACCGCGGCGGAUGAUCCCAACGUCAACACGGAGGAGGAGAACGACAGUCACACGCUCACCAACAACGAUCGAGACGGCGAGGUCGUCAAGUUGGACGUGGUCGAUCUGCGCCCGGACGCUGACAGUGACGCAGAACCCGAGCUCAGAUCUGAGUCUGACAUGAACACGAGCGUGGAGCUCACGCUGAAUGGAAACACGACAGAUUCAGGCUUAGACGCCGAGGAGAACGACGACAUCAGCAUCCUGUCGGAGAAGGAAAUGAUGUCGAGGAUGAAGAUAGAGGAAGACGGAGACGAGGCGGCGGUGGAGCCACACGAGGACGAGGACGAGAAGAAGCCUUUACUGAUGAUGAUGAUGAGAAGCGAGUCUCCCGUGAAGAAGCACAAAGUGUCUUCAGGUCUGGAGCUCAUCUCCGACCUCCACUCCAACCUCAAGCUCCUCAAAUCAGGCAAGGACUCUCCGGUGCCGCCGCCCCCCUCCCCGCCCAGGAAGACCAGCCCACCGGAGGAGGACGUGCCGCUCCUCUCUGUGGCCUCCUCCUCGUCCUCGUCCUCCUCCUCCUCCCCGGAGACCAAGAAGGACAGGAGGACCGGAGCCAAGACGGACUGCGCUCUGAACCGCAUCCAGAAUCUGAACCCGAGCGACGAGGAGUUGAGCUGGACCACGCUGUCGCAGGAGAGCAACUCCCCCGAGGAGACAGAUAUUUGGAGCGAGCAGUCGUUCCAGACGGACCCCGACCUGCCUCCAGGAUGGAAGAAGAUCACAGACAUGGCCGGUAUCUACUACUGGCAUAUCCCUACAGGCGCCACCCAGUGGGAGAGGCCCGCCACCCGCCCGGCGCCCGCUGGACAGACGGAGAUCCAGACCCUGGAAGACCACACGGCCUCCACGCCCCGUAAACACUCCCUGAGCUCCCUCAGCCCCUCCCCCACGCCCGACCAUGAGUCGUGCCAGGCCGAGAUCUUCUUCAGGGCGUCGACUCGUUCAGGCAGCACGACCUCUGACAGCUCGGUGGAGCCGCUCUCCUCUCACGAGCCCACCCUCACCACAUGCGGGUUUGUCAACAGCUGCUACUUUCCUCGUUCCACGUCUAUACAGGGGAUGCCCGAUCAUGAGGGUCUCUCUCAGCUUCAGGAAGACGAGGACAAGAAACAAGCGUGGAGAUUUGGAGGAAAGAUUGAUAGUGAGGUGUGGAAGGACCUGCAGGCGGCCACCGUGAACCCUGACCCCAGCCUGAAGGAGUUUGAGGGGGCUACGCUUCGCUAUGCAUCGCUCAAGCUAAGGAACCGUCCAGCAGUGGAGGAGGAGGAGUCGAGCAGCGUCAACAGCGACCCGGAAGCAAAGUGUUUUGCAGUGCGCUCUCUGGGAUGGGUGGAGAUGGCCGAGGAGGACCUGGCUCCUGGAAAGAGCAGCGUCGCCGUCAACAACUGCAUCCGACAGCUGUCCUACUGCAAGAACGACAUCCGGGACACCGUGGGCAUCUGGGGCGAGGGGAAGGACAUGUACCUGCUGCUGGAGAACAACAUGUUGAACCUGGUCGACCCCAUGGACCGCAGCGUGCUUCACUCCCAGCCAAUCGCAAGCAUCCGAGUGUGGGGCGUCGGCCGGGACAACGGCAG